CGAAGAAGGGGGAAACUCUCACACUGGAACGCAGUGAAAUAAAGAGCAAGAAGCACCCACAAUAGUGAUGUAGUGUGAUUAGCACAACUGAAGACUAYGCAAAAACAAAAACAAUAACUAUGACAAUAGACGACGCAUUUCCAACACCGACGCCAUGGCCAGGACACGAUGCCUUCGGCAGUAUGAACACAAACGCAAACACAAAYAUUGAUGAUGACGAUAUCAAUAGCAUGAUCGAUGGCCUAGAACUCUUUUACAAGGGCAAUUACUUCGAGGAUAAUAUUUGUACCAGCACUGUUGUUGCCGAGAACAAGUCGCAUAACAUCAAUCUAGGAAUCGUAUCAGACCUUGAUCUCGACUUGGAAACAAGCAGAAAYAAGAUCAAGGACUCAAUCGCGAACACCAGUACGAACAUGAUCAUAAGCACGGUCGUCGAUGUGAACUGUAAGUCGGAUAAAAUUGUUUAUAUUAAGAAAGGACUUUCGAGAGACGCAACAUCGAAUGAUAUUGCACCUACCACAAUUCGUACUCUCACARCUCCUAUAGCGACACAAACAAAACCGCUACUAGUAUCAUCUACCAUYAGCGACGACAUCCAAACUCCAAUCACCGCCGACGCAGCCAAAACAAAGUGCUUUGUCACAAACGAUACAGCUGAUAAGGCCUUUGCUCCAGAUAAAAUCGCUGUGGGUGCGAGUGCUGACAAGGCCCAUCAGAACAUUUCUGCACCAGCUUCUGCUGCUUCGGCCAAAGGUCACGAGACUUUACAAUCCCUCGUUGAUAACGGCACGUCGAAACCAACGGAUCUGUUUCASACUACCACUUGCUACAGCAAUARCAGCAGCAACGUUUGCAUCAACAUUUCCAUCAACACAUCCACYGACUCGCAAUCAAGAACCGAGAAAAACAWCGAMGAUAGAAAGAUYGACAGGAGCAAUGAUCCUCGGWUGUCGUUCCAAACRGUUCUCGAGCAGCAACGAGCAACGAUUGAAAGAAACCAACAAAUAAUCGAGGCGCAACAGAACGAAUUACACAAACAGAAACAGAACACCCAACUGCAACAGAAAGCCCUGGAACUUCCCCAAAAAUCAAAAACAAAGGACCAAGCAAAGGGGAGUGGUGUGCAGCAAAUUCAACCCACRGAAAAGUUAAAGCACUACCAAUUUGCCGCGAUCAAGCAAAGARCAACAACAGUUGUCUCCCCCAURGCGGCCCCCCUACCGACGCCAGUCAAGAGCUGUAUUGCUAGCAGUGUCAUUUCUCGCGAGAAYAGCAGCGACAACAAUAGCACUAUCAACGAAACGUGUAGUAGCAGCUCCAAUAGAUGGAAACUUUCCCCGGCUGGUGACACCGAACAGAAGAUUCUGGGAAAUAACGAYUGCUGCGGCAACGGCAUCGGGAUCAACAACAACAGCAACACCUCGUCGAACGAAAACGUGAGUGMSCGCAACCRUCACAAUGCGGGCAUCCCUGCUUCCACCAAAACUGCAAAUGUUUGUAACCACCACCAMCACAAGAAUGUCGUCUGGCGAGAUGCGAAUCCCMAAACUGURGCGAUGACGAACAUGAGGACAUCCGGCAACAAACAUAACUUGUCCAUGGUUGAUCUCGAAGUUCGUCGGUAAGCAUAUCAACAAAUCCUUCGAAACUACGYGUGCCACCGGUGUUUGUUCACGGUAUAAUUUAUCAAAAAUGAUUAUWGURCCAAUCUCACAUCUUUCUUGUAMAAYAUGUCCACAAUACUUUAUUUUCCAGCGAACGAAACCGCAAGCACGCUAAAAAGAGCCGCCUMCGAAAAAAAUCGCUUACGUCCGACCUGGAACAAUCCCUGGAAUGGCUCCGGAACGAAAAUGCGAAAUUUAGGGCCUGCAUCGAGGACCACAUCGCCCGUAAAAAGGAGCAAAACGAGAGUAACGAGCAACCAACAAACAACAACAAAAAAUAYAGCAUCGAAGGAUUAUUGGAAGAACGCCGCAUCCGGUCUCACGAUCGAUUCGUUUGUUGCAUUCUCGGGGAAGCAAACCAAGUGGCUUCCAACGGCARCAGGAAGACUACUAAAACCAAAGGCAACCGAAACCGAAUUAAGAAUAACAGCACUAACCAGCCUUCGCUUCGAAWWAUGCCACAUGGAAGAGGCGCUUCCGUAAAUGAGAAAACUCUCAAGGUUCUCAGGGGGUUGUCGAAAGCUCUUCUUGCUUCCCGAACUUCACAGCAAAACAGAUAUCAAAUGUUUGCGAAUCAGUCGAUGCCUCUUACAGAAUAAAAACGAAACAACGGGAAACAAACCUUGCUCUAUUUUUAUUCUAUUUUUAUCUUCCUGAGAAAAUAAAGUAACGGCCACCGAGUAUGUACAUAUCGAGACCGACGGAAGUACUGMCAUUUACAUCCCCUCCUAAAUUUUAUUCUUCAACACCAAUCGUCAACAAWAAUAACACAAAAAAGGAUCAGACACAAAUUUGCGUGGUGAAGGAUCGAACAAGCAAAAGAAACCUCGAUACACRUCGCAAUGGAUCAGGAUCACCUUGUCACAUAAUACGCACAUGCAAAAAACAUCAUACUACUAUUCACGUAAGAAAUGCAUGAAAAAAAAUGCCAAAAAAUGAUUCGACUACCUUUCCCCCUGUAAAUAUUGUCGAAUGGGAAUUGGAGUAACGCAGCCACGUCAUAUAACCAGGAGCUAGUCAUGAAAAAUAACAUUGUGAUCGACUGGCAUACAUAUAGAAUUUAUUUCCGAUUCCCUAUUAUCUUGUUYAACUAGACUAGUAAYUUGUUCAAUAGAUCUUCCGCAUCCCCCAAGACACGUGCCUUUUCYUGCACAUGACUCAYCACCAUCUCAAUUUUUUGUUUYUCCUUGCUUUGUCUUGUUUUUCUUUUCGCCAUCCUUCGUCUCGUUGUUUCUUCAAUAWYCAACGAUGAUGGAUCAAGUUGCUGAUGAUUGGAAAAAAGUGUUAYCACUGGUGGCAUGUUUUGCGAAUCAUURUAAUUCAGUGAUUUUGUGUCGUUGCUUUUCUCUUCAGUAACUUGUGGACGGUCACURUAARAAUCAUCGUCUUCAUCCUCGCGGUUUUUGUAUCGGAGCUGGCCCAUGCUGGUAGAAGCGCRCAUAGAUCCCRCCGUUGYCAUUCGGGAAGACAUUGGAGUCGAUUUUUUGGUCUCUUCUUUGGUAGGGACGGCGGCUGUAUGGUAAUUUUCAUUUCCAUUUUUGCAAUCAUUUGAAGCWKKUGUUACGCGGUUGGCAAYCAAAGUCUGUUUCCGCGUUGUUGUCAUUUGCGAUGCAAAACACAAAAGGGUCUCUARACGUUCCACGAGCCGAUAAGAGUCCUCAGCAGAGACGGUUGAUCGAAACUUUGGCAUUAAGUAGUGAGAACAAGUUGAAGGAGGACGUUUAAUCCMUCGGUCGUUUCCCUCGUCAUGAAUAUACCUAAACCUAGUGCCGAYGCUGCUCAAGCUAUCAUGAGGCUCUUUCAAAUCUGAUGUGGUAUAUUGUGUACCKGUGUUGGUAUCAAUUGCACGAAGGUGGUUUUGGACAAUGCCCAGCGGAGUUUCUCCGGUGUAGUCUUGGACGUUGACCCCGUUUGGAUUAGCCAUUACCAAAAAAGUUGCGAUGCACUCUGCCUGACAACAGUAAUCGGAACRAUGAAAACCAGAAUCGKAUUGUUCUUCCUUCUCGUUUACAUAGAAACCAUUGGGAUAAUCGCAUCCAUGAUCACUUCUGGGAUGGCCAUGAUCCGUUGACUUUGUUUUUAUCUCAGUUGGGGUUGGGGUUGUCUCAGUUUCGUUCCUUUCGCAGAUAUUAUUACUACAGGUGUUGGGGUUAUUGUUAGUUGUAGAGUUGUCAUAGAUGCAAUUGCGGAGGAUCCACCUGACAAUUAUGUGCAGAGGAAGCUCCUUUGUUGCAUUUUYAUKGUGAAAGGCUCCGGAUAGAUGUCGAUCCAACAGGAUGCGGAUCACACCAAGCUGCAGUUCAAGUAUUCUGUGUUGUUGUUGCUGUCGCUGCAGCUGGAAGAUCCUGUCACCAGCUCCACCRGUUACGGAUUGUGUUCUGUAGUUCUGUAUCUCACAUAAGGAAGCGCAGGCCAUGUGAAGAGGCAGAUAUCCAUAUUCUGUAUGGUCAGUUACGUUCCUGUUUUCCUUCCGGGUUCUAUCCAUAGUGCAUCCACAACUGCUAAUACAAGUCUUCAGAGCAUCCGGGUUGGCAUCGAUCAGAGCCUUAACGAGUUCCAAUUGUGUGCUGAUUUCUUCAUCUUCCACAAAAKCAUGUUCUCGUUCUUGCGACAGGACUGCAGUUGAUUGUUGCAAGUUCUGUCGAGAGAACAAUGAUGGUGACGUCCAUUGUUGUCCCUCACCUAUUAUUYGGUACUGAUUGUACUUGAGAUCAGUUGGACCACUCACAAGAUUCGAAUUUGUACUCAUUUGAYCCAUCGUUGUUGUUGGCAUUCUAGUCCUGCCAAUUUCUCGGAUCAUUUCAUGCAGUGCCAGAGAGCAAGAAACAUGAUAACUUGAGCCGUUAUUAGUAGCAAUAGCAGUAGUAUGAGRRAUGUUUUUAUCCUUGCAACAACACYUGGGUAAGAUAUGAGUUUUGACUUCCAUGGUGGCCUCAGUCGGGWAAUAGCGAACCCGCUGCAAUGCCAGUUUGAAUUUGCGCCGACGAAUUAAACCCACCAAUAUAGG